CUUCACCGCUUCGCCAGACGAGUUUCACAAUCCCGACAUGGACCCUAUAGUUCCGAGGAUAUCCUGAGAGGUUCUCUCGCGCACAUCCGGGAUAUAAGAGCUUCCCUGCUCCCGCGGUUGGAAAUUGGGUCUCUGACAAAUAUAUCACUCAUACUGCCACCAUAUCAUAUCUCAUCCGAAGAGUAUUUCUUUCUUUUUCAUUUUGAGAUAUACCCUGUGUAUUUGCCUUUCGUUUCUCUGUUUUCUGUUAUUAGAAAAAAAAUUUCAUACAUAGACUCCAGUUAUCAUCAUCAUCAUCAUCAUGAUGUCGAAGCCGGGAUUGAAAGAAGUCGACUUUGACGCUUCUCCAAAGAGCCAGAUUCAGACUCCUCCUGACUCGCCGGAGAAGACCACACAUCCCAAGGACUUCCCACUCCGCUCCAAGAAGCCGGACGGGCUGAGCAUCGGGACCGGCCACGCCAGGAAAGAUAGCCGGGGCGAGAGGAGGAACACGAGCCUGGGACACAUCGAGCAUGGCCUCACCAUCCCGACAUCACCGAGCUCGCACAAUACGAUCGAGGUGCCAGCGCUGAGGUCGCCGGAUGCGGACACGACGCAGUUCAUGCAUCACCUGUCGUCGAACCCGUCGACCAAGGAGCGGAGAGUGUCGCGCAACUCGUUCGGCGCAGCCCUGCCCAUCCCCAAGUCGAAGCGGCAGUCGCGGCUCAGCAGCGUCACGUACCCGGCUGACGGCCAGGAGGCGGUCGGGGGCGGUAAUAAAGCGGCGGUGGCGCAACCGUUGCGCGAGAUCCUGACGUCGCAGGUGCAGGACGUGCUCUCGCACAAGGUGCAGAAGGCCAAGAACAUGGCCUUCGUCUUCGACAUCGACGGCGUGCUGGUGCACGGCGACCGGCCGAUCCCCGAGGGCCGGCGGGUGCUGGCCAUGCUCAACGGCGACAACCAGCUGGGCAUCAAGAUCCCGCACAUCUUCCUGACCAACGGGUCGGGCAAGCCGGAGCUGGCGCGGACGGAGCAGCUGUCCGAGAUCCUCGAGAACCCCGUCAGCACGGAGCAGUUCAUCCAGAGCCACACGCCGAUGCGGGCGCUGGCCGAGUACUACCACACCGUCCUCGUCGUCGGCGGCGAGGGCUACCGGUGCCGGGACGUGGCCGAGGAGUACGGCUUCAAGGAUGUUGUGGUGCCCAACGACAUCGUCGCGUGGGACCCGACCAUCGCGCCGUACCGCGUCUUCACCGACGAGGAGCGGGCGACGUCGCGGCCGCGCGACUUCUCCAAGACCAACAUCGACGCCAUCCUCGUCUUCUCGGACUCGCGCGACUACGCGACCGACAUGCAGAUCAUCGUCGACCUGCUGCGGUCCGAGAACGGGCGGCUCGGCACCGUCGCCGAGGACCCCGUCUCGCGGCGGAUCCCCAUCUACUUCUCCCAGGGCGACCUGCUCUGCCCGACCGAGCACCCGAUCCCGCGCAUGAGCCAGGGCGCCUUCCGGAUCGGCCUCGAGGCCAUGUACAAGGCCCUGACGGGCGUCGAGCUCGAGCGGGUCGUCUACGGCAAACCCGAGCCGGCGACGUACAAGUACGCCGACGAGGUGCUCGCGUCGUGGAUGGAGGCGCUGCACGGCGAGGAGCGCGUGCCCGACAACAUCUACAUGAUCGGCGACAACCCGGCCUCGGACAUUGUCGGCGGCAACAUGUACGGCUGGAACACCUGCCUCGUCCGCACCGGCGUCUUCCGGGGCGGCGACAACGACGAGGAGAACCCGGCCAACUUUGGCGUCUUUGCCGACGUCUGGGAGGCCGUCACGGCCGCCUGCCGCAAGGAGCUCGGCGACGACUUUGUCUUCCAGUGGGACGAGAGCGCCGUCAACCCGGUGCUGCGCGAUAGCGCCACGUCUGCCAUCGAGGUAUAAUAAUCUGGUUAGAUUUUUUUGGGGUAUUAUCUUUUUUUCACACUUUCUAUUCUUCGACAAUUAUCUUCUGGGACGAGUUGGUUUGAGAGUAUAAACUUUUUGCUAUGCUAUGCAUAGGUCGCUCGCAGAGAGGGGAAACAGAAAACAUGGACCCAAGAGCAAUAGAAACGUUAUAGAUGAAUACCGACGAAGCUCAUUAUAAUUAG